UAUAGAUAUGACCCCAUUACUGCAUUUCAAUAGAUUUCAGUUGCUAACAUAUGAUGAAUACAGUGGGCGUUCAGUUACAGGAUAUGCUGGUCAUAUGCGGAGUGUGAUCCCCUGGUACGUGCGGAGGAUUGUUUACCACACACCCCGAGACAGGUAACAUUUCCUCACAGACCUGGUCCUUCUUUGAGAGACCAUGAAGUGGGAGCCUAUUUUUCUCCUUCUGGCGGGGUCAUGUGCAGCCGUAGGUGUCAAAGUGGCCAUCGACACAUCGACACUGACAGGAUAUGCAGCCUCAUUGGUGUUGCUGGCGUGGUCAGGCGUGUUACUUCACAUCUGGAGUCUACAGCCAGCUCAUAACCUCAAUCUUUCCACAGUCUUCAAAAUGUACUUUCAACAAAGGGUCAUCAGAAUAGUUGGGGGUUUCAUUUUAUGGAGAUUUAAUUCACUUUGUCGGGACGUGAAUUCAGCUCAAACAAAGACCCUAUUUAAAUUGCUCAAAUCAGGCCAGACCACGGUGUAUGGCCGAGACUUUGAUUUAGCGACCAUUGCAUCCGUUGCCGAGUUCCGGUCGCGCAUGCGCCUGACUGAAUUUAAAGAUUAUAAACCGUACGUAGAAAGGUGUCUGGCUGGCGAAGGAAACAUAUUUUUCAAGCAAGAAGUGGAUUUCUUUGCAGCAACAUCUGGUACUACUUCGGGUCGCAGCAAGUUAUAUCCUGUGAAUUUAAAUUCAAACCGUUCAUCAUAUGGUCCAUAUUUGGUUAUGCCGAUGUCUUCAGUCCUUUCUGCAGCGCCUAAACUUAGGCAGCUAAGGAUGGCGGAAUACAUGGUAAUACCCGGGAAGAAAAUGAAAACGGAUAGAGGGGUCAGCAAAGGGUCAGUUUCUAUGACAUUUUGGAGAUAUGAAACGUUUUAUUGCACACCGAGGAUCGGCUACAACAUACUCAACGAACACGAUGGACAGUAUGUCCACAUGCUGUUUGCACUCCGCGAGCGAGAGCUGGGGACGAUUUUCGCGAUGACGUCAACGGUUAUCUUACAAAUGUUGACUCUCGUGGAAAAAAACUGGAGUAGACUUGUGCGUGACAUUCGCAGAGGAGAGUUGGAUGUAGAUCUGGACAUCGCUCAGGACUUAAGGGAGUCUCUCAACAUGCACCUGACACCUCUGCCUGAGAGGGCUGAUGAACUGGAGGAAAUCUUCAGAUCUAGUUGUAGGGGCAUGGUGCCGAGAAUCUGGCCGCAUUUGGGUGGGAUGUCGGCGAUCAGCACUGGGACGUUUGCUCUGCAAGCGAGACUAGCGAGGGAACGAUACCUAGGCGACGUUCCACUCUACUCGUUCGGCCAUUUGUCUACUGAAUGCUUCUUCGGGCUGAUUUUGCACACUGGAGGUCUCCUUGACCCGGAGACAGGCGCCGAGAGGGAGGAUUACGUCAUCCUUGCCAACAUGAACUUUUACGAGUUCAUACCAGCCGAACACACUGAGGAGGAACAGCCAGAAACACUCUUAGCUCACCAGGUUACGGUGGGCAGGGAGUAUGAGCUGGUUGUAACCACACCACGUGGUUUCUACAGAUACAGAUCGGGCGACAUGGUGCGAGUGUGUGGUUUCUAUGGCAACGCACCGAAAUACAAGGUGUUGCACAGGCGCGGAGAUGUCUUGAAUGUCUCCUUUGAGAAAGUUCCGGAAGCUGUAAUGCGCGAGGCGAUAUCGAUAGCUUGCAGUCAAUGGACCUCCGGAAGACUGGUCAAUUUCGCGGCUACAGAGAAUAUUCAUGUAGACAUUGCGACAGACACGAGCAAUGACGCACUAUAUUACGUCAUCUUCGUGGAGACGGAUUCCGGUCAGCCAUUGUUGCAAGACGAGGUAUCGUCGAUUGACUUCCAACUGAAGCGGAUGUCGGAUACGUACCGAGCCUUCCGUGAAAAGGGCACCAUCAGCAAGCCCCGCAUCGUACAGCUUCGUCCCGGCACCUUUGAGCUGAUGACGGACAAGGCUGUCUCGAGGAAUCCAAGCCUGUACAGAGCUCUCUACAAACACCCCCACACGGUCCGCAAACAGGAAACUCUGUUGUUCCUACUGGACAACACAUUAUAGUGGUCGCGCUACAUUUUACCUGUAUGCUUGAUAUUAAGGACAUUUAGCUUGACCAUUGCCUUGAUCGAAGCUUAAAUAUCGUAGUAAGUUAUUAUUCAUCGAGUUAGACGAACAAUUGACGUAACAUUUUUUUAAUAAUGAAUAAUAAACGGACGAAUUUCUGCUAUUCACAAGUCCAUAUAGCGAUGUUAAUCCUACGGCUGACAUACACUUCGAGCAAAGGAAAGUAUACACCCAUGUUUGAUGAUGGAUACAAAUGAAACAAACAAGAGAUAGUUGUCAGAUGGUGAUGGCUUCCAUACGGGUAUCAUUGUUGUGUUUCGAACCUUAUAAUAUUGCUGAGUGCGGCGUUAAACAACAAACAAACAAACCUUAAGUUUGCAGUGUUUCGGCGACUGUCUUCAGCCAAGUCAUGUAUGACGUUUUGAUAACGUUUGUAAUGUUUUGGUCAACUCCAAUUUACAAGUGUAUACUUUCUUUUGCACGGCAAUUUAUGUUAAUCUCAAUAUGGUGUAGGUGGUAAUGUUUUGUAGUUUGUAGACCAGAAUUUAAUUAGGGUUAAUCCUGAUUAUGGCUAGCGGCCGCAUGACACUUCAGCGACAGAUACUCGACCCCACAGUAUGUCACAGUGCAUGUUUCCGGAUUAGUCUGAAGCAAAGUAUCGCAGCAAGUGACAGGCCAUUGCCCAGGUAAUCUGAUUAAAAUCAGAUCUUAGCUCUCACUACCGCCAAACAGACUAAGAUCUGAUUUUAACGAGAUUGAUGCCAGGGUUGGUUCAUAGAGAGAGUUAAUGAACUGAACACAGAUGAGACCUACAACGCCGGUAGAAGCACUUAACGUCACAGUCAACAACUUUCAGUCAUAUCACAGUGGGACAAGUGAAGUUACCAACCAUGUCCAAGGAUACAACACAGCGACUGUGUGGCCUCUUGAAAUGGAAUAGUUGAAAUGAUUAUUAAUAAGAAAGUGUUUAAUACAGGUAUACGGUCUCUCAUAUUCAUGUCUCAAUGUCAAAGAUUAUGAUUUUGCUCACGAAAAACUGCAUUGAUGAGGAUGGCCAUAUUGAGGUCGAGUUGGGUUUUUUUGCACGAGAUUAUGAGCUGUGUUUUGUUUUGUUUUGUUUUUUUGUAUAUUUUUAUUUAUUUAAACCUACGAGCCUGAAUUUUAUUUUUAAAAUAAAUAACAACUAUGGCA